CCCAAUUAUUAAAACAAAGCAAGAGAGAGAGAAAGAGAGAGAUAGGGUUUUUUGAGCUUUAGCAAAAUCCGACCAACUGAGAAGAUGUCUUCAUCGUACAACACAAUUGCUUCAUCCUCCGCUCAGACCUUCCUCCUCUCAGGUGCCGCUUCCGGAGCCAGACCAAACAACUUUAACCGUCAAGAGGCUGCGAGGACCAUGAUUCAACAACCCAACUCCUCCGUUACUCCACCACCCAAGAAGCGUAGGAACCAACCCGGAAACCCAAAUCCAGAUGCUGAAGUGAUAGCGUUAUCUCCAAAGACGAUAAUGGCGACGAACAGAUUCCUAUGUGAAGUGUGCAACAAAGGGUUCCAAAGGGAACAGAAUCUGCAGCUUCACAGGAGGGGACACAACCUUCCAUGGAAGCUGAAGCAAAAGUCCAACAAAGAAGUGAGGAGGAAGGUGUACCUUUGCCCGGAGGCCUCGUGCGUCCACCAUGACCCCGCACGUGCUCUCGGAGACCUCACCGGAAUCAAGAAGCAUUACUAUCGGAAGCACGGUGAGAAGAAGUGGAAGUGCGACAAAUGCUCUAAGCGUUACGCUGUUCAAUCUGAUUGGAAAGCUCACUCUAAGACCUGUGGUACCAAAGAGUAUCGAUGUGACUGUGGUACCAUCUUCUCUAGGAGAGACAGUUACAUUACGCACCGGGCAUUCUGUGAUGCACUAAUACAGGAGUCUGCAAGAAACCCUACCGUGAGCUUCACGGCAAUGGCAGCUACUGGUGGUGGCGGUGCCAGACAUGGCUUUUACGGCGGAGCUUCUUCUGCUCUCUCUCACAACCAUUUCGGCAACAAUUCAAACUCCGGUUUUACCCCUCUGGCUGCAGGUUACAAUCUGAACCGUUCAUCUUCCGACAAGUUCGACGACUUCGUUCCUCAGUCCACAAACCCUAAUCCCGGUCCGACCAACUUCCUCAUGCAAUGCUCUCCGAACCAAGGACUGUUAGCCCAGAACAAUCAGAGUCUCAUGAACCAGCACGGUCUGAUCAGCCUCGGUGAUAACACCAGCCACAACUUGUUCAACAUCGGAUACUUUCCAGACACCAAGAACUCUGAUCAGUUAGGUGUUCCUUCUCUUUUCACCAAUGGUGCUGAUAACAACGACCCAUCUGCUUUCCUUAGAGGGUUAACUUCUUCAUCUUCUCCAAGUGUGGUCGGUAAUGACUUUGGAGAUAGUGAUAAUGGAAACCUUCAAGGUCUGAUGAACUCUCUAGCUGCGACAACUGAUCAACAAGGCCGGCCCACUAGCCUUCUCGACCUUCAUUACGGAAACAAUCUUAGCAUGGGAGGUGCGGAUAGGUUGACUUUGGACUUUCUUGGUGUUAAUGGAGGAAUUGUGAGCACCGUCAAUGGUCGUGGUGGUCGUAGUGGUGGACCUCCUCUGGACGCUGAGAUGAAGUUUUCACACCCAAAUCAUCCAUUUGGCAAAGCCUGAGAUGAUCGUCUAUCUAUCUCCAAAUCAUCAUCGUCUAGAUAUGCUAUUAAGUUCCUUGGAGAUUUUAUUCUAUAUAUAUUUAAGCUUUCUUUCCUUUGCUGUUUUCGACCAUUAAGGGUAAGGAUUUAGCUUUGGGAUUUUUCAUUAUAGUUUUCUUAAGCUUUUUUUCUUUUCUAAUGUCAUGGUGGAAGGCUCGAACUGGAGUUUUUCCUUAAUAAUGUUUUAUAAUCUAU